GAUUUUUUUUAUUUGAUAAAUGUAGGUAGAUUACAGACCGGGAGACUACCAUACAGCUACGGUGAUACAGGAUCAGUUUUAACAAGGAGAAUAUCUGAUAUCUUUAUAGAAAAUAUUUAUAUAAUUUCUUUGACGAAAGUUUAUUUUUUAAAUAAACACAUACGGCUUAACUCUGUAUGGCUAAUGGCUUUAAGGAACAUAAUGUUACAACAUCGCAAUGCGACUUAAAUCCGGUAGAACGGGAGAGAUAAAUCAUAGAAGGAUAGUGUAAUAUAAAGAUAUCAGGAUGUCUAUCCGGGCACAGAUCGCGUUUGGCAAAAACUUAACAUUACAAAAACAACUCGAGGACAAAUACCUUAAUCUUCGUCGGUCGUUCAGACAUUCCCGACGCCGACUGGAUACAACGGAAGAGGAAUGCGUUGCGGCCUUAUACAAGUUAUUACUGUACGCAAGAGAGAAACAAGGACUCUCUGACGCGGCUGAUGUGAAUAUAUUCAAUGACCUAUUGAAGAAGCCGAAAUCUGCAGGUGCACGAAGGUCACAGUCUGUUGCGGAUAUGCACAAAACAGAUGAAAAUGUUGCACGACGUCCAGCAACGGCGAUGGCGGGCAAAACAUACACUCAGUCGUUCAGUUUUAUAAAAGAUGGACUUAACAUUGACAAGACACGACGUGACAGAUUCAUGCGUACCAAAGCUGAAAAGGAACGAAUGAAGGAUGAUAAUGUAAAAGUAGAACGUCUAACGGACAAUUGGCAGACGUUAAAAAUGAACAGAGCAAAGACGGCAGUUGAUCGUUCGGAAUCCCCAGACGAAAGUUCGGAUAAUGACAAUGAUACGUUACCCGUACGUCCAAAAACCGCGUAUCCUCAAGCAAACAGAAAACCUGAAUUCAAAGGACUUCUUUCGCGACCUCGCACAAGUAAUACUUUGAGAACGCCAAAAACGACUUUAGCAAUAGCACAGCGGUCGUCGACGCCAGUAAAUGUCUCAGACAAGCAUGCAGAAAUCCUCUCAGCAUACUCUAACACAGAGGAUGAAGAUAAAAACUCAGAAUUCAGCGGAAAUGGAACGCAGACGCGUUCACAUACGCAUGGCGAACGAUUGGAUUCACCGUCGUUAACAACUGUCCACGAAGGUCGGACAACAAUAGACGGUAGAAAAUCACCACUUAUUGUGAGAAUAACAACCACUCGGCUAAAUGACUCCAUACACAGCGAACGAAUGCAUGAAAACGCGUUGCAGUUCAGGGCAGAAUCUAGACUGGACAACAAUGAAGAUGAAGAACUUAUCCCCUUGGACGAAGACGACAAAAAUAAGCUAAAUGAACUCGUCAAUACAGACCAAAACGAAACAAUCAAACUGCGCGCAUCGCCUUCUAGACAGGGAACUUCUAGCUUUCUUGCACCAUCGAGAAAUGCUUCAACGCCACUUACGCCGGACGAUAACCUACUUCAAAUGUCAGCACAAAAGACGCAAUCAUUCUUGACGCAAUACUCCAAGAAGUCUAAAGUAAUUGGUUAUGUGAUGAAGACCCGCUCUUCUAUUGCAGCUCCUCGAGAGAGACUCAUUUCACAUAGAUCUCCAUGCAUUACUUACCAAGAACUGGCGUCAAUAAAAGCAGGAAUAAAACAACACGAAUCGAAAACACGGUCUCUGUUACAAAGAAGUGCAAAACUCAGCACGUACGUCGAUAAACUAGCAAAAGCUGGGGAGAUGAGGAAACGAUUGCAAGAACUCAAAGAAAACACUGAUAAGUCUGGGUGAAAAUCUUAGUGGUUAAUUAAUGUUAAAAAUAUGAGGAAAAGGCGUUCAUGAGUGUCAAGCCAAUAAAGGAAGCUUCGCUUUGUAAAUAACAGUUCUCGUAAAAAUGUGACAUGUUUUUGAAUCGUUAAGAAUACAUUUCUUGUCAACCUAAAUUCAACGGAAACGGAACGCAGACACGUUUACAUAUGGCGAACGAUUGGAUUUACCGUCGUUAACAUCUGUCCACGAAGUUCAUAAUCUUAGGAAUAUGGUUAUAUGCAGAUUUGUUGCAGCUAUCGGCGCAUUUAUCAGAAACAUGUACGAGUCAUGAUUUUGAUUUACUCAGACAUUUUUAUGACUAACAAAAAUCCUUGCUCUAAUUAUACAUGCCUAACUUAAACUGUUGGCGAGAAAUAAACGCAAAAAGAAUCCGAGUGGCCAAAUUGGCAAGCACUGCAAAUGGAUACUUUUGGGCAGCAUGUGUAGUUAUUACCUAAUCGUCACCAUCAUGAUUUAUCUGCAACAUUGUUGAAUUAACAUGCUAGGCGCCAACUUGUAAUCAUGUUAUGUACAUAUUCUCACUUUUAAUGUCAAUACGGCUUUGUUAUGCUGUUGUUUUUGUUGUCUGGUUCUCAAAAGAAUACUACAGAUUAACUCAGUAUCUUUAUCCGUUAUUACGUUACGAUUACGCCGCGCUGCGAAAGAGCUAAAUAAAAAUGACCAUUUGAAAUGCG